ACCAUAUUGGUUGUCGCCUUCAACCUCACAUAUGCAUCUACUCUAACAAAGUUCAUUCUGACCUGAGAAAAUGGCUUCAUGACAAUGUUGGCCCAGAAGUUGCUGCUUCAACUAGGAUCAUCUAUGGAGGUUCUGUGUCUGAAGCAAAUUGCAAAGAGUUGGCAACAAAGCCCGAUGUGGAUGGGUUUUUGGUUGGCGGAGUUUCUCUAAAGCCUGAAUUUAUCGAGAUAAUCAAGUCUGCCACUCUCAAACAAAAUGCUUGAAGAAGAUCCUCGUCUGAUGCCCGCCACCUCUUCUUUGCAAUGAAGUUAUGUUUCUGGUUUCUCUUUUGAGCCUAAAUAUAGUCAUGUGUGAUCUUGUUUGAUUUGUCUUAACAUAUAGAUUAUUAAUAUAUAAUUUCUAUAAUUUUUUAAUAUACAAAUUACAAGAUAAAAUGGAUUAAAGAAGUGUAUUGGAUGGUGUGUAAAAAUGAAAGUGGACAAAUAUUCUAGGACGGAGGUAGUACUCCCUUUGUCCUCCCAAAAAAGUUGUUCUGGUAUGACUUUUAAGCUAACUUUGAUCAUAAAUCAAAAAUUGAUUUAAAUGANCUGAUAAAACUAUCCGUCUUUUUCUUUACCCCAAAUUCUCAAACUAAUGUAAUACUCCCUCUGUCUCGGAGUAUUCGUCCAGUUUUGAUUUUUGGAACUGUUCAUCUAAGCACUUUGACUCAUCAAAUUCUCUCAAUGUGUAAGCCUAAAUAUAGUCAUGUGUGAUCUUGUUUGAUUUGUCUUAACAUAUAGAUUAUUAAUAUAUAAUUUCUAUAAUUUUUUAAUAUACAAAUUACAAGAUAAAAUGGAUUAAAGAAGUGUAUUGGAUGGUGUGUAAAAAUGAAAGUGGACAAAUAUUCUAGGACGGAGGUAGUACUCCCUUUGUCCUCCCAAAAAAGUUGUUCUGGUUUUGGAUUACACCCUUUAAGCUUUUUCCAUUCCCCGCUCUAUACCCGUGUUUCCCAUUCCCUUUCGUUAUCCUAACGCUUCUACCCCUUCGGCCCUUCCCCAACCCUCCCAUUUUCCUAGUCGCUGAUCCAUUUCUUCCUCGCCGCCACACAUCUUCUCGCAAUCUCGCCGCCGCUGCAACUCCAUCCGCCACAGUAGGAUGGAGGAAGGCAAUGCGAGUAGCGGCGGAAGGGUGUACUAUAUCUAUCAUGCCUAUUUAAUGACUCCCGUGCCCUUGCCCUACCCGACUAACUUCCUACCGGCCCUUCUUUUUAAUCCAAUAUUAAUAAAAUCUUCCGCCCCAAAAAAUCAAUGGAUAUGGAAGCGAUGCACGGGAUGGCGCCGUCGUCCGCCGCCGCGAACGGCACCGCGCACCGCCGCCACAUGAUGAUGAUGCACAUGACGUUCUUCUGGGGAAAGGACACCGAGGUCCUCUUCUCCGGCUGGCCUGGAUCGGGCCACCUCGGCAUGUAUCUGCUUUCCCUGUCCGUCGUUUUCGGAUUGGCGGUUCUGAUCGAGUGGCUGUCGAAUUGCAGUUACAUCAAGGACUCCGCCGACCACGUGGCGGCCGGAAUCGCGCAGACCGCCCUGUACGGAUUCCGAAUCGGGCUUGCCUAUGUCGUGAUGCUCGCCGUGAUGUCUUUCAACGGCGGCGUGUUUCUGGCGGCCGUCGCUGGACACACGCUCGGGUUUUUCUUCUUCGGGAGUCGGGCUUUCAACAAGGCGCCGCCGCCGCCGCCAGCGACGGCGUACGGGAAGACCACCGAUCUUCCGCCUAUGAGCUGUAACUGCUGAGAAAUUUAUCAUUUUGAAAUUUGAAUAACUCCGUAAGAAAUACUGUACAAAAGCAAGGUUUUUAAAUGUUUAUUGAUAUUGAUGAACCUCAAUCCUCCAAGUCUCCGUGUCUCCGAGCUCAGUUAUCAAUAAAUGUAUAUUGAUUAU